ACCUGGCGGGAGGGAUUCAGGUAGGCGAAACAGGUAGCAUCAAAAGUUUGCAUACAGCAGAGCCGAGGACUGUAUUGCAAUUCUGGUUGUUUUUGGAAGCUACACUACAGUUGAUGUCUAAUUUUCUCGUCACACGGAACGCUGGGGAAAUACAUUUAAGAACAUUAAGAACUUUAUUUUUUUGACAACGGACGCUGGAUAUUUCCAUAUUAGAACAUUCACUGUAAUAGGAAAGGAAUGACGAAGAACAUUCUCUCCACAGGUGCCAUAUAAAACCUGACCUUGCUGCGUUCAGCAUGGGAGGCCUUUGGAUUUCUCUGCACAUUUUAACUUUCGUAACAGUUACCUCACUGUUGGGUUUUGGGACUAAGGGGGAGAUACCACCGAGACCCAGCACUGCUGCUUCUGUUCCCCCCGUCAUUCCCAACAAUGAAGCCCCCCAAGCUUUCCCUGAUGAGAAAUCUUAUUUACCUGUGUUCUCUAUGGAUUAUCCUCGCAUACAGAUUCCCUUCGAAAUUACUUUGUGGGUGCUGCUGGCGUCUUUUGCCAAAAUAGGUUUCCACGUUUAUCACAAAAUCACCAUCUGGGUGCCAGAGUCCUGCCUGCUCAUCGCGGUGGGCCUCAUUGUGGGGGCCAUCAUGCACUCUGUGCACGAGGAGCCGCCGGCCGUGCUCACCAGCAACGUCUUCUUCCUCUACAUGUUGCCCCCCAUUGUGCUGGACUCGGGCUACUUCAUGCCAACGCGGCCCUUCUUCGAGAACGUGGGCACGGUGCUGUGGUUCGCCGUCGUGGGCACCCUGUGGAACUCCAUUGGCAUUGGCAUCUCGCUCUUCUCCAUCUGCCAGAUCCAGGCCUUCGGCGUGCAGGACAUCAACCUGCAGGAGAACCUGCUCUUUGCCUCCAUCAUCUCGGCCGUGGACCCGGUGGCCGUGCUCACUGUGUUCGAGGACGUCAGCGUGAACGAGCAGCUCUACAUUGUGGUGUUUGGAGAGUGUCUGUUCAAUGACGCCGUCACUGUGGUGCUAUAUAACCUCUUCAACCAUGUGGCUGAGUUGCCAGUGGUGGAUGCCCCUGAUGUGUUUCUUUGCCUGGCGCGGUUCUUUGUGGUGGGCCUGGGAGGAGUGCUGUUCGGUUUCCUGUUUGGCGUGGUGGCCGCCUUCACCACGCGUUUCACGGGGAGGGUGGGCGAGAUCGAGCCCCUCUUCAUCUUCAUGUACAGCUACUUGGCCUACCUGGUGGCCGAGUUGUUCUCCAUCUCCAGCAUCAUGGCUAUAGUGACCUGUGCUCUGACAAUGAAAUACUACGUGGAGGAAAAUGUGUCCCAGCGUUCCUGUACCACAAUUCGCCAUGUCAUCAAGAUGGUGGGCACUGUGUCGGAGACUUUGAUUUUCUUUUUCUUGGGCGUUGUCACCAUAACAACGGAGCAUGAAUGGAACUGGGGCUACAUCUUAUUCACCCUCCUCUUUGCUGUUGUCUGGCGAGGCCUAGGCGUUUUGGUCUUGACUCAGAUUAUUAACCCUUUCCGCACCAUCCCUUUCAACCUAAAAGACCAGUUUGGUCUGGCCUACGGUGGGCUGAGGGGAGCCAUUUCCUUUGCCUUGGUCUUCACUCUUCCAGAAACCGUUGGCCGCAAGAAACUUUUCAUCACAGCCACUAUUACCAUCAUCAUUUUCACAGUUUUCAUCCAGGGGAUCAGUAUACGACCUAUCAUUGAACUGAUGAACGUGCGUAAAACCAACCGUAACCUGGACACCAUUAAUGUGGAAGUCCACACAAGGCUUAUGGAGCAUACCAUUGCUGGCAUAGAGGACCUGUGUGGACAGUGGAGCCACCACUACUGGAAAGACAAGUUCAUUAAAUUGAAUAACCGCGUUAUCCGAAAGAUCCUGAUCCGGGACAACCGAGCGGAGUCCAGUAUUGUAGCACUGUAUAAGAAGCUGGAGCUUCAGAAUGCCAUGGAAAUCCUGGAUUCAGUCAAUCCCGAUUUCAGCGAUAUACCAUCAGAUGCAUUGCUACUUGACACAAAGCCUAGCAGCGACCCCAAGAAGAAGUUCCUGGCUUCCGAUCUCCGAAACAUGCAUGACAUUCUCUCCAAGAACAUGUAUAAGAUCAGACAGAAGACUGUUGCAUAUACCAGCAAGUACUCCAUGCCCAAUGACUCGAAAUCCAAGGAGAUACUAAUCAGACGGCAUGCCAGCAUCCGGCGAAGUCUUCGUCCUGGGAGCCUCCAAGGCCCGGAUGUAGCGAGAUCACACAAGUAUCUUUCCCUCCCAGCUGGGCAGAAUCUGGAUUCUAGAUUCCCUCCAAAGAGAAUGAGUCAUGUUGGUGAUGGUGACACCAUGUCAGAGAUGGGCUACCCAGCAGUCAGGGCCCGGUUCGGCCGGCCACAGCGGUCCUCGUCCAGCGGCGGGAUGCCCCUGCACAGGCUGGACACCCUGAAGGAGGCCCCCUCAUCGGUCAGCGUGGUGGACGAGCAGCAACCGCUCAGGGACAGCCGCAGAGCUCCUGACCUGAGCCCCACGGCGCCAGGCCCUCAUCUGCCUCUUCCCCACCGGCGGAACGGCUCUUCCGGCGCCGUCGAGGAGGAGGAGGAGCGGCAGCCACUGUCUUCCCCUCCAGCCUGGGCCCUUGAGGCCCAGGGGCAGGAUGAAGAGCAGGAGCAGGAGCAGGAGCCUGGCAGGGGUCGGGCACCACAGCUCAGGCCUCAGUGGAAGCCACGACGGCAGCAGAGGCCCUGAGAGAAGCCCACAGGCUCUGGGACAAACAGCAGGACUGCACAAGGGGUCAUGAGAGCGUCCACUAUGUGAAAUGGGCUGCUUGACCCAAAGGAACCUUCGCCAGAUGUGUUUUUUAUGUUUUCUCGCCAAAUGGAGCACCCCUACAUACCUUAUGGCUGUUCCCGUUUUGUAUCUCAGUACUUCCACAUUUCUUCCAAUUUUAGUAAUUUUCUUCUUUUUAAGAAAAACGUUACUAUUUUACUUUAAUUGACUUUUUAUGGUAGAAUGUUCGCUUUGAUUGAAGCUCUCUGCAUAGACACUGUUGUAAUAUAGUAAAUUGUCAAAGACGGAUUUUUAAAUGUAUCUGUCUUUAAUACAGGCAAACUUAUGUUUGAUCACCAUGAUAAGUCACACGAGUGAAAUACAUAAGUAUUAUAGAUCCAUUGUGGGGAUGCACAACAGCAAGAAUUUAGGCGCGCGUGUUGUAUCUGUAUUUAUCAUGUCACUAUCAGACCACCAUCUUGCCCAUCGGGUCAAUGACACUUUGCAGAGACUUGAGAGUUGUGUUUGAAACUUUUAAUUUUUCCAUCGUCAAACUGGAAUAAUUUAUAACAGCGCACUAGGAUUUUCAAUUAUUUCUAUUUUUCAUUAGGUUCUCAUUACUUUACUCAUAUGCAUAAACCAAACGUAAUAAAUAGACUUUGAUACUGAUAAAUAACUAUCAAGUCAAUAGAUAGUUGAGAGUUUCUAUGUCUGAAAUGAUCCUUCCCCCAAAUUAUACAGAACUACAAGUAAUGCAAACGUCCAUUACAAAACCAUCUUGCUUAAAAUUGCUAUAGAUCAAUCCCAUAAAAUUCCUGAAACUCAAGGAUUUUUCUGGAAUAAUGUAGUGGAUUUUAGAGAAAGGGCAACACAGGCUUUAAUGUGGCCUGCAACCUGUAAACUU